UAAAUGGAGAGAACUUAAACUCAUAUUCCGUUCCGCUUCAUUCCAUUAUAUUUCAUCGAUACAUAUAAUAUAAAGUUAUCAAAUUUGGUCUCUAAUGACUAGGAAACAAGAUCCCUUCCUCUGAAUUUGGAUCUGUUGUCUUCCCAACACUUCAUUCCAUGUAACUUCUCUUUCACAAACCAUGAUCCAAAGAUUCCACAAUAAUUAAUAAUGAACCCUUUUCCAUCUCAAUCCACCAAAUCCUUCUACGCAUACCCAAGAUCCGAAAUCGACUUAGAAACCGGAAUCCCCAUCAUAAUCAACCGAACCAGAAAACCCAAAAAAACACCAUUUUUUCACAUUUUCAAAAUGAUAAAAAAACUCCAUCACUUUUUCAAAAUUCAUCCUUUAAUAGCUUUAUUACUCUUAUCUUUCUCAUUUGUUGUAACCCUUUUCGUUUUUCUAUCUUAUAAUAAAACCCAAUUAACCGGGUACUCGAAAACCGAUUCGGGUUUUGAUGAUUACCCUUUUUUAAAGCUUAAGAAUUUGGUAAUGGUUGCUGGUCAUUCGAUUUAUACGAGUAGUGAUUGUGGGAAGAUUGAGAAAGAGGAUUCUUGGUAUUUGGAAUCUUAUCAGAAGAAUCCUGGUCAAGCUAAAACUUUUGUGAAGCAUAUUGAAGAAGGGGUUGAGAUUGUUGAUAGAGAUGAGGAUGCUUUGCUUUUGUUUAGUGGUGGUGAGACGAGGAAAGAUGCUGGGCCGCGGAGUGAGGCGCAGAGUUAUUGGGCUGUUGCUGAUUAUAAAGGAUGGUUUGGUAAGGAAGAAAGUGUAAAAUGGAGAGCACUUACGGAGGAACAUGCUCGGGACAGCUUUGAAAAUCUUCUAUUUAGUGUCUGUCGAUUCCGAGAGCUUACCGGCACCUAUCCUCAAAAUAUUACUGUUGUAAGUUAUGAUUUCAAGGAAGACAGAUUUGCAAAUCUACAUCGAUCUGCGAUUGGCUUUCCGGAGUCAAGGUUCUUCUAUGCUGGCACGCCUGCUACAUCGAAUUCAAAAGAAGCUGCUUUAAAAGGCGAGGAAUUGGUGAGAACACAAUUCUCUAGAGAUCCAUAUGGAUGUCGAGGUUCACUCUAUCAUAAGAAACUAAAGCGCGACCCUUUUCACCGGUCGAUUCCAUAUCCUAAUGGAUGUCCAGAAAUUGAAUCUUUGUUCAGAUAUUGUGGGCCAACUCCAUAUCCUGGUGCACUUCCGUGGGCGUAGUUACGGUGGUUCAUGAAAUUAUACAAGUGUAAACUUACAAUGUAGAGAUAUUAGAUACAGUGCAACAACUUGAUGUUGCAUGAAUUUGUUGAUACACUAUAUGAAGAUUAAAUUUGUUGUUAAGGUGCUGAUAAAUUGUGUAGAGGAAUUAUGAAACUGUUGUUGCAUUUUGGUUAGAAAAAGUCUAGCAAAGUUUUUGAACGGUGGAUUUAUUAAAAUUCUUGGGGUUCUCAACAUGACAGUUCAAUAUGAAAUCUUGUAAAGAGCUGUAUUUUUUUAGAA